AUAAUUAACAUCAUGAACAAUUUACUGGUGAUACAAUUUAUUUACAGACAUGCUAUUUGUCGCAGUAAAAUAAAUCAUCAACAACUAUGCAUGGCUCAGAGGUUGAUGAGUUCUAAGGAUUCCUCAUUAUCAUCAUCAUCGUCGUCGUCAGAUUCUUCAAAUUCUGAUGCAGAUCCAAGUAAAAUUAAAAAAAUUAAAAAAGUGAAGAAAUUAGAAAUUGUAGAAAGAAGUGAAACGGAAAAGAAGGAAACUGUUGAUUUACUGAAUAGUUUAUUAACUAAUAUGACUUCUGUUAAAAUUGAAGACAAAACCAUUCGUGCUGUUCCGAAAAAGGAACGAAAACCCAAACCACCAAAAGAGCCUGAAUUAGAGGAAAAGAUUAUUAAUGCAGCUAAGGAUGUCGCAGCUGUUCUAGGAGGUGAUCCAGAGAAAACAGAAGCUGAAUUGCUUAAUAAAGUAUUUUCAGCCGGUAAACCAACAGUAUCAUUGGAAAAUAAAGAAGAUUCAAAACCAGUUCAACCAUCAAAGCUUACUCUUGAGGAAUUGUUUUCUAAAAUGCAAAUAGAACGCAAGCCGAAGGUCUUAAGAGAAAUGAUGCCUUUAUCAAGAUCAGAAAAGAUUCAGGAAUUGAUUAAAAAGUCAGAGAAGACGCAGGUUAAUUUGUUUAGUGGAAAACGAUUAAAUAUUUUUGAUCCUGUAAAAGCACCAGAGGAUUCUCAAAUGCUGAGCACAUGGAGUUCAUUAGAGAAGAAAGAAAUAAAAACGAUGAUGAUUAAUCCACCUGAAAAUAUAUUUGAAGAGAUGAUUCAGUGGACAGAUAAAGGAUUGCUCUGGCAAUUUCCUAUCAACAAUGAAUUCGGCCUAGAAGAAGAAGAAAAGGUUCAUUUUUCGGAACACAUAUUUCUUGAACGUUAUUUACAAGGAUGGUGUCCAAAAACAGGACCUGUCCGUCAUUUUAUGGAUCUGGUCUGCAUUGGUCUCUCUAAAAAUCCGUACAUGACUGUCAGCGAAAAGGAAGAGCAUAUCAUGUGGCUCAAAGAGUGGUUUGCUGAUAAACAAGAUUUACUGAAAGAAACUGGAGCUAUUGAUAAAGAUAUCGUACCAAAUACAUCUAAACAAGUUCCAGCAUAA